AGAAUUAAAGAUUCUCUCUCUCUCUCUGCGCAAUACAAAGAAGAGAAAAAAUCAAUCGCGAAAAACAUUGCAAAAUUUCAGUGGUGCAGCAAUGGAAGCUCAAGGUCAAGGCGACGAAUUUGCAAUUGGCUGCAUACUAUCAAUCAAAACGACUCUCGGCGAAGAAUUCCAAGCACAAGUCAUCUCUUUUGACCGCCCUUCCAACCUCCUCAUCCUUCAAGAGGAAUCGAAAUCUGGGGCAGGGCCGAAGAGGAAUAUUAGGUUGCUGAAGGCUAAUUACAUUAAAGAAUUCAAUUUUUUAGGUCAAGGCGACGACCCACUUGAUGUGAAGAAGUGUUUUCUCGAUCUCAAUACUCUUCAGUCCAAAGAAGAGUCUGCUAUUAGACAAGCGGAGGCUGAGGCCGAGAGGAUUGGUGUGGGUGUUACAGCUCAAGCUCAGAGCCUCUUUGAUGCUUUGUCCAAAACACUCCCGGUUCGCUGGGAUAAAAGCACGAUUGUUGUGAUGAACGAAGUGCGAGUGAGCAGCCCUUAUCUCCCCGAAUCAGUUACUGGAGGAACUGCUGCUGCCAAUGAACGGGUGCGAAAAGUGGUCGAGUUUGAGAAGAAGAGACUGCAAUCUCGCUAUGGCAGUCAAUGAAGGAAUUUUGUUAAGGUAAUUCUAGUUUCUGUGAACCUAGAGAGAGAGCAUGACAUAUGAGGUAAGAUGGUGUAACAAUUAUAUCAAUUCUCUCUGAUUUUUCACUUUUAUAAGAUUAUUAUUCUGAA